AGGGGUCACGUAAAAAAAGCAAAGAACAAAGAAGCAAAGCAUCAAAAUAAAAGAAUUCAUAACCAAAAAAAAAACUUCUUCUCCCUUUCUCUCUCUCUCUCAUAACAGUCCUUUACCGCCUUCAACGGCCACGCCCGCAUAAUGAAACCAUGACGGCGUCAUCAGAGCAUCCGGAUCAUCCACCGCCGCAGCAGCAGCCGCCGCCGCCGCAGCAGAAAGCGCCUCAAGCGAUCCGAAAGCUUGUGAUAGAGGUGAUCGACGCUCGGAAUCUCCUUCCCAAGGACGGCCAGGGAAGUUCCAGCGCGUACGUGGUGGUGGACUUUGACGGCCAGAAACGGCGGACGUCGACGGUUUGCAGAAACUUGAAUCCGGUAUGGAACGAGGUGCUGGAGUUCGUGGUGUCGGAUCCGAAGACGAUGGAGUUUGAGGAGCUGGAGAUUGACGUGUACAAUGAUAAGAAGCUGAGCAAUGGGAACGCGAGGAAGAAUCAGUUUCUCGGGAGGGUUAAAGUGUACGGAACGCAGUUCGCGAGGCGGGGAGAGGAAGGAUUGAUUUAUUUUCAGUUAGAGAAGAGGAGUGUGUUCAGCUGGGUGCGAGGCGAGCUUGGAUUGAAGAUUUAUUACUACGAUGAGCUGGUUCAGGAGGAGGAGCCGCCGCCGGAAGAGCAGCCGCCACCUCCCCCUCCGCCACCGCCGCCGGAGGAGAUGAGGAAGACACCGACGGUUGUAAUGCUAGACGAGCCACGGCCAAGGAUUAUUGAAAUCCCUGGUUGUUCGGACGUUGCGAUGGAUGCACGAGAACCGUCUCCCCCGAUUGUUACGAUCGAGGAGUCUCCUCCUCCGAUGACUGGCCCGCCGCCUGAGCAGCUACAGCAGCAUUAUGGUCCGCCGCAUGAAGAGGCUCCACCGGGAAUGAAUAUGCCUCCGCCGAUGGAAUAUCCUCCGGAAGUGAAGAAGAUGCAGGCAGGGAGAGUUGGAGAGGCGGUUAGGGUAUUGAAACGGCAGAAAGAUGAGUACUCGCCUAGAGUGAUUACCGGGAAAUUCGCGGAAAAAUCAGAGAAAACGACGUCGCAGUUUGAUCUCGUUGAGCCGAUGCUAUACCUAUAUGUGAAAAUUGUUAAAGCACGUGGCCUCGCUCCGAGCGAGAGUCCAUUUGCUAAGAUCAGAACAUCCACCGAACAAAGACGGUCCAGAAUAGCCAUGUUUCGACCCGGCCCGCCGGGCGAGCCUCCGACGAAUCCGGAGUGGAACCAGGUAUUCGCACUUGGCUACAAUAAACAGGAAACAGCGAAUUCCACUCUCGAGAUUUCAAUAUGGGACGGUGCAUCCGGUCAUUUUCUCGGCGGCGUUUGUUUCGACCUCUCCGACGUCCCUGUCCGUGAUCCGCCGGACAGUCCAUUAGCUCCACAGUGGUACCACCUCGAAGGCGGCGGUUCCGAUGACCAGCACAAGGUCUCCGGUGAUAUUCAGCUUUCCGUCUGGAUUGGAACUCAAGCUGACGAUGCCUUCCCGGAAUCAUGGAGCUCCGACGAUCCAUCGGUGGCGCACACCCGGCCGAAAGUGUAUCAAUCUCCGAAACUCUGGUACUUGAGAGUGACGGUGAUCGAAGCUCAGGACCUCCACAUAGCGCCGAAUCUGCCGCCGUUGACAUCGCCGGACGUCAGAGUCAAGGCUCAACUGGGGUUCCAAUCCAUACGCACUCGCCGCGGGCUAAUGAACAACCAUAGCUCCGCCUUCCACUGGAACGAAGACCUCAUCUUCGUCGCCGGCGAGCCGUUAGAAGACAGUCUGAUCUUGCUCGUAGAGGACCGUACAGGGAAAGAUCCGAUGCUUCUCGGGCACAUCAUAAUUAACGUGGGGUCAGUUGAACAACGGCUUGAUGAGCGGCUAGUGCCAGCUAAAUGGCAUGGAUUGGAAGGUGGCGGUGCUCCCGGUGGGCCCUACUGCGGAAGGCUACAAUUGCGGAUGUGCUUGGAGGGAGGGUAUCACGUGCUGGAUGAAGCGGCGCACGUGUGCAGUGAUUUCCGGCCCACGGCUAAGCAGCUCUGGAAGCCGGCUAUUGGGAUUUUGGAGCUUGGAAUCCUCGGAGCCCGAGGGUUGCUACCCAUCAAAUCCAAGGGCCCGGGAAAAGGAUCCACGGAUGCUUAUUGCGUUGCCAAAUACGGCAAAAAAUGGGUCAGGACCCGAACCAUAUUAGACAGCUUUGACCCGCGGUGGAACGAGCAGUACACGUGGCAGGUCUACGACCCAUGUACGGUUCUCGCCAUCGGCGUGUUUGACAACUGGCGUAUGUUCGCCGACGCCGGCGAAGAAAAACCCGAUUACCAAGUCGGAAAGAUACACAUACGGGUAUCAACAUUGGAGAACAACAAGGUAUACACUAACUCAUAUCCUCUAUUGGUUUUGUCACGGGCCGGGUUGAAAAAAAUGGGCGAAAUUGAGCUGGCGGUUAGAUUCUCCUCCCCGUCAUUGCUACCAGACACGUGCGCAGUUUACGGGCAGCCGUUAUUGCCACGUAUGCACUACCUCCGCCCGCUAGGCGUGGCGCAACAAGAGGCAUUACGAGGAGCCGCCAUUAAAAUGGUGGCGGCGUGGUUGGCCCGAUCGGAACCGCCGCUAGGAUCGGAGGUGGUGCGAUAUAUGUUGGAUGCGGACUCACAUAACUGGAGCAUGAGGAAAAGCAAGGCAAAUUGGUUUCGGAUCGUGGCGGUUUUAGCUUGGCUUGUCGGGUUAGCAAAAUGGUUAAACGAUAUCCGGCGAUGGAGGAACCCGGUAACCACCAUUUUGGUCCAUAUUCUUUAUUUGGUUCUUGUUUGGUACCCGGAUUUGAUCGUCCCCACCGGAUUCCUAUACGUGUUCUUGAUCGGAGUUUGGUACUACCGUUUCCGGCCAAAAAUCCCGGCGGGAAUGGACACCCGGCUUUCCCAAGCCCUAAAUGUCGACCCGGAUGAACUGGACGAGGAAUUCGACACAAUACCCAGUUCACGGCCGCCGGAAAUUGUCCGGCUCCGGUAUGACCGGCUGAGAAUACUGGCGGCGAGGGUGCAAACAGUGUUGGGUGAUUUUGCAACCCAGGGUGAAAGAGUGCAAGCUUUGGUUAGCUGGAGAGAUCCGGCGGCUACAAAAAUGUUCAUUGUGGUGUGCUUAGUGAUAACCAUAGUGUUAUAUUCAGUGCCGCCGAAGAUGGUGGCGGUGGCCUUAGGGUUCUACUUCCUCCGCCACCCCAUGUUCCGGGACCCAAUGCCCCCUGCAAGCCUCAAUUUCUUUAGGAGACUUCCAAGCUUGUCUGAUCGUUUGAUGUAGUACAGUACUUACUAGUAGCAGUAAAAUAAUAGGAAGAAAAAAGGAAGAGAAAUUAGAGUGACCACCAAUUUUUGCUGUGGCUGUGGGGGAUCCAAACAAAAAAAGUGGAAAUUUGUUGUUCUCACAAUCUUGAAAAAGAUGUCUUUUUUAUGCAAAAAUAACGUUGGGAGAAGUGAUGAUGAGCAAGUGGGAGGGAGGGAGGAAAUAAGAAAAUGCUGUCCUGGACUAUGGGCAGAUUUGAAACGACAGGAUAUUAUAAUCCUGUCGUCAAAAGUAUUGACAUUCAUUUGCCCAUUCUUACAAUUUAUUUUUAAAAGUGAAUGAUCAUCGGAUUGGAUUACAUCUUUCUGUCACUGCUGUGCUGUAAUGAAAAACUUCUUCAUCUUUCUUUUGA